AUGGUUCUCAAAUCGUGGCUAGAUGUGCCCGAGGAUCAUGACUUUUCGAUUGAAAAUCUCCCUUUCGGCAUUUUUUCAACAGCCGAUAAUGUGACGCCGCGACCUGGCAUCGCAAUCGGGAGAUUCAUCGUCGACCUGGCAGCAUUGGUCGACACAGAGGCAUUCUCAAUGUACUGCACCUGUCAGUUCCCGUACACGGUGUUGAAGGAGACCGUGUUGAAUUCCUUUGCAGCUCUUGGUCGCGAAACAGUCAACGCGGUGCGCAUGUUUGUGAAAUAUCUGCUCGUUGAGAUGACGCCGAUCAUGAGAGAUAACAAAGACCUGAGGAAGAAGUGCAUCGUCGACACGGCCGAGGUCAAGGUCGAGAUGCACCUGCCCAUGAAGAUUGGAGAUUUCACCGAUUUCCUGAACUCUCGAACGUCCAAGCACGCAAAAAACACCCAUUCAACAAGCAGCACGCCAGUAAACAUGUUCAAUCCGCCUCGUGCGUUCACUGCUCGCGCAUCCAGUCUUGUGGUUUCGGAGACCCCGAUCGUGCGUCCGAUGGGACAUUUGAUCGACUCAAAUGGUAAGGCAUAUGUGGGACCGUCACAACAGAUGGACGUCGAGAUGGAGUUUGCUUUCUUCCUGGGCGAAGGAAUCAAACGCUUCGACCGGGUUUCGAUCGAUGAGGCAGAGAACCACAUAUUUGGUGUCGUGCUUCUAAACGACUGGUCAACCCGUGAUGUCCAGGCUCCUGAAGACCAUCCUUUUGCCGCCUUCAAUGCCAAGUCCUUCGCCUCGACCAUCAGCCCCUGGGUCGUGUCGAUCGACGCGCUGGAGCCCUAUCGCACGAAGAUCCAGCCCCAAGAGCCGUCAGACCAGUUACCGUAUCUGAUUGACAAAAAGAGUCUUGGUACCUUUGACAUCUCUAUUCGCAUGCAAUGGACGCUUUCACCUGAGGGAGAGGUGUUCGACACCUCCACCAGCAACUUGACCAAUGCGUACUGGUCAUUUACGCAGAUGUUGGCCCACCAUGCAUUCGGGGGUUGCGAAAUGAGGACAGGAGACCUGAUCGGAACCGGUACACUUACUGGAGAGCAUCUCCCCAGUUUCAAGAGCUUCCGGCUCCACUCACAGCCCCCACAAGGCUCCGUCGACCUCGCACUCGACGGUCGUGUGACUUUUGUCGGUCUCGAAAGAGUGCUUGUCGGCUCGACCAAGGUCCUCCAUGUUACGCCUGCCGUCUGGAAAGCCACCGCAGGUCCAGUUGCCGCUCACGACAAAGGUGCCGCCAGAUCUGUGCAUACUGAUAUACCCAGAGCAUCGAAUUGGACACAGGGAGCCCAGGCCGCCGCCUCUGCCAGCAAUGAUGUGGAUCUCGCCAUCUUCUCCCCUCAAUCUAACGGCAGCUCGCAGCAGAUGUCGCCCACACAGGGGGCAGGCUCUGUGACUUCACAAGUCUCGAUCGAGUCAGGUCGGCCGACAACGCGACACAACGUCGUGGGACGAGAAUAUGACACGUUGACCGAGUCCUUGGACGCAUGGCCGACCAAAACCACCUUCCUCUUAGGAGAUACAGGCGAGUCGGAUCCCUAUCUUCUCCGGCACUUUUCGACAGAGUGCCUUGACUCGUCGGUGGAUGACAUUGCCAAGGUGACACCCCGACAUAUGCUACGUGCAUCAGACCCAGAUGUCAUGCACAGUCAAGGAAAGCCCUUGAUCAUGUCAAUUGCCGACCAUUCGCUAUACGACCGAGGAGAACCGCGACUGGACCAGUCAGUCCUUGACCAAGCGGCGGAUGAGGUUGCCCAGAUGGUCUCGGAUGAGACAGGUGUCCGACUGGUCAAACUCUUCUUCCGAUACAUCUACCCGUAUUUCCCUAUCUUGUCAAAGAGCCGUCUUCUGUACCCGCUGGUGGAACUCCCUUCUCGGCUCAAACAGCUCCCACUCUCGCUCAAAGCGGCGAUCUACGCAUCUGCUCUCGCCUUCUUCACAUACGACGAUGUUCUAGCCACCACGAUUGUCCAUUCGCCGCCUUCGAGCCAGCGAUUAUACCGCAUUGCCUGGGUUGCUGUGACGCACGAAGUCCACACGCCUCACCUUUCCACACUACAAUCAUGUCUGCUCCUUCUCCAGCGAGUCAAUGACGACCGAUAUGUGAUGGACACGGUGUUUCGCUGGAGUUUGCUCGGCUGGACCGUGGCUCUGGCGCAGACAUUUGGCUUGUCCACCGACUGCCUCGACUGGACGGGGCUUCCAGACUGGGAAAAGCGGCUGCGUCGACGCCUUUGGUGGGCGACUUUUGUCAUGGACAAAUGGGCAUUUAUGUCGGCAGGCUUGUCGAGUCACAUCCACGACGAUAGCUACGAUGUUUCGCCCCUGAACGCGGCCGACUUUAUCUCUUCUGGGGAGACAGAGUCAUCUCAACAGCAGCAAAACAACGGCAACAUCGAAGCUGCCGGCUCCACGGCCACCGCAGAACCUCCCUUGUCCCACUUUUAUCACCUUACCCGCCUCACGGCAAUCCUCAGCGAUAUCCAGACAGCUUUCUUCACCAUUGCCGCGUCCAAACGCACCGAACGCGACUUUAAACUCUCGAUCGAGCUGGCGAAGCCGAUCCGUCGCCGCUUGAAGGAGUGGAAGACCUCAUACGACGCCUAUCUCGACACUACGCACCUGCACGGCCAUCAUAAUCACCACAACGCCACUUCUAUGCGUUCCCGAUCGUCUGGGCUGGAUGGUAACGCCUCUCUAGGUCUAAGCUACCUCGUCACGAACAUCAUGCUCUUCCGCGCGCUGCUCCGGCCCCUCGAAUCCAACCUUCCGUCCACCUCGGUCCCGUCCUCCUCGUCCGAGGCCGGCCACGACGCCGUCCGCAUUGGCGCAAAGACAUGCUGCAUCGAAGCCGUCGAGUUUGUCGAGUCUCUGCGCCGCAACGUCUGGGACGCCUUCUGGCACUCGUGGUCGCGCGCCGGGUUCGCCAUGAUCUCCUCCAUGAUGAUCCGUCUGCUGAUUACGAGCGAGGACCCGGGCGAGGUCGACGACAUCAACGCGCUCAUCAGGCGGUGGCGCUGGGCGUUGCGCACGGGCGGAGGCAGUGCCGGGAACGUCCUGAUGAGUCUGGCGCUGCUACGGCUCGAUCGGUCGCUGGUCACGCGGGGGAUUCACGAGAGUGACGAGGAGUGA